AUGAGGCAAGAGUGGCGCGAUGCCGCCCGCCCCCGUCGCGGCCGCGGCGGCGGCGGUGUCAUCGGGCGGGACGCAGCGAUGGCGGCGGCUGCGUGUGAGGCACCUCGGGCGCGGGGCUCCAUGGCCGAGGAGGACCCCAACCAGAACCAGCCCGAGGAGGAGGCCCGCGAGGAGCGCGCCCCGCGCUGGGGGCCUCAGCACGCGGGGGCGCGCGAGUUGGCGGACCUCUACUCGCCCGGUAAGCGUCUGCAGGAGUGGGUGAGCGUGAUGCUGUGCGCCAUCCUCGUCAUUUUCAACGGUUACCACCUCGUCGUUAACUUCAGCGUCGACCACGUUCACUACAUCCUCAUCGCCAUCGUGGCCGGGACGGUGACGGCCGACUUCCUGUCGGGUCUGGUGCACUGGGGAGCCGACACGUGGGGCUCCGUGGACAUGCCGAUCUUCGGAAAGGCGUUCAUCCGGCCGUUCCGCGAGCACCACAUCGACCCGACCGCCAUCACGCGCCACGACCUGGUGGAGACCAACGGGGACACUGCCUCGCCACGCGCUGCGCCGCUCUCCCACAUGGCCUACAAGUUCCACACCCUGUCCCCCGAGGCGGUGCAUGAGACAUACGCGUGGGAGUGCUACGUGUUUGCGCUGGCCGUGUUCGUCACGCUCACCAACCAGAUCCACAAGUGGUCCCACACCUACUUCGGGCUGCCGCGCUGGGUCACCGCGCUGCAGGCGGCGCACAUCGUCCUGCCGCGCCGCCACCACCGCGUGCACCACGUGGCGCCGCACGAGACCUACUUCUGCAUCACGACCGGGGGCUGGCUGAACUACCCCCUGGAGUUUCUGGGCUUCUGGGCGAGGCUAGAGAGACUCAUUGAGAUGGUGACGGGCGAGAAGCCGCGUGCGGACGACUUGAAGUGGACACAGAAGGUCAAGUAGCCUCAGCCUCUGUGGUGGACUCGCCCACCCCCUCGUCGCCCGCUCGCCCGUUCGUCCCUCCGUCUAUCGGCUUCCAGGUCGUCCCAGGCUCCACGGCUCAUCUGGACACGAGCCCCCCCGCUCCCUCGCUCCUGUGGCACCCCCCCCCUCCCCCAAAAAAAACAAUCGCCUUGCACCUCGUCGUGAAGAGUGGGUGGCGGGGGGGGGCAGGAAGAGUGGCGGGGGGGGGGAGAUGCGACGGAGAGACGGCAGCCGAGUGAACUCCAGAGAGGGUGCGAGCAGCGAGCGCGCUGUAAGUGUGCACCUAGCCUGGCACAAGCGCUGCGACGACGUCUCCCGUCACGUAGCGCCGAAUGUCGGCUGUUUUUGUUGUGUAGAGCACGUGUGAGUGAGGGUGGUGUAAUAGUGUGUGUUGGUGGCGGUCGUGCGUUAGGUGUGCAUGUGUGGGUAUGUGUGGGUAUGGGUGUGCAAGGGUGUUGCCGGAGAUUGUGUGAGUGUGGGGAGCGGUGGCGCAGUGGGUUAGCGCUGCACUGCGCCGUGAACCCAGCGAUUCAUGUUCAAUUCCCCGACCACACGGACAUGGGUGGCGAUCAUCGGAACCGCUGCUGGCACCCUCUCAUAGGUCGACUCAGCAUGAAUACUAGGGAGACAAAGGCGGAUCGGCGUGGUUCCGGCCACACCACCUCUUUGUACACCAAGCUUGCCUUCGUAGGUGCUGCUCGCUAACAGCACUUACUCCAACAGCCUGUGGAGGCUGCACGGGUGAUCUUUGUCUAUGCGUGUGGGAGAUGCUAAAUGCAC